AUGGGGAAGCUCGCUAAGUUAAAAAGGGUCCUUCUUCUGCUCCCUCUUAUCCACAUCAUCCUUGCGCAAAAUAAUGAAGCACAGGUGGGAGUCACCUGCAGGGAAAAGGUACGUCCCCCUGGUUGGAUAAGCGGUGGAGAGGGCGACGGUGGCAACGAGGGAAGCUACGAACAAAUCCAGCAGGGAAGCUACGAAGGAAUCCACGACGGGAGGUGCGUCAGCCGAAAUGCUGAUCCACAUGUGUUAGGGAGAAACCCCUCCGGAGGCACAACCAACGGGAGGUUUCCCCCCAAAGGAGUGCACUACGGUGAGAGGAACGACUCAAAUGGGAACCACCCACUUUUACUUCCCCUCAAAAGUGAAGACAGGAGAUGGGACCUGAAAUUGUAUCACCUUGGAAAUUUCCCAUUUGGGGAAGACUCAGCUGGAAGAAAGUAUAACCCAAGUGGUGCCAUAAAAAUGGUAACAAAUCACCUGCAUGGUCAGGUAAAAAAUUGGAACAACAAUGUAGCAAGCAUUGCGCAUGAAUUGUUCGGAGUGUCCCGCGUGGGGAAGUUCUCCACGAGGAGGGUGAGCAGACAUUUGGCAGAAGACGACGAGGAUGACGAAGAAGACGACGGGGAGGAGGAGGAGCAGCAGGAGGAGGAGCAGCAGGAGGAGGAGCAGCAGGAGGAGCAGAAUCAGCAUCAGCAGCAGAAGAAUGGUGAUGGGGAGGAGGGGCCCCCCAAGGGAAAGGACGAAAGUUACCAAAUCAAAGGAAUGGACUUAGAGGAGGAGGAGGAGGAGGAUGAGGAUGAGGGUUUUUUACUCCCGUUGGCGGCCGAUUCAGAUAUUUCGGGUGGGGCCUUUGACGAAGUGGAUGGAGAUUUCGAGACGACAAUAAAAGAAAAUGGAGAGGAAUUAAAAGACAGUGACCCAGCAGUUGAAACCUUUGCAUCUAGCAACACGAAUAAAGAGUACGUGUGUGAUUUUAUGGAACAUAUAUCGCUGAAAGAUACGACGAAAAAGGUAGUGAUUUGCGAAAUGAAGAUCCAAGAACCGCUGGUCAAAGUAAAGGUUGUUUGUCCAACGAAAUCAUCAGAUAUUAUAAAAUAUGGUACGAUGGAGUACGUCCCGAAGAAAGCUCCAUACGUUACUUUGGUGAACCAAAAUGAAGGUAAAAAGAAUCCGAAAGACUCGUUAAAGGAAAAAAAGCUAGCUGAUCUCAUUCCCGGGGUUAUCAUAACUACAGAAAUUGGCGAAAAGGAAAACGAAUUAGAAAAGGGUAUCAUUGAAUUUAUCCUACCUCCAGUAGUGAAAGAAAAAAAAAAAAUUUAUUACAUAUGUGACAAUAGUGAGCCAUCUCAUGGAGUCGGUAACAGUGGAGGGAGAGGAGUUGUCUCCAUUUCGAUAGAACCAUAUGGUACAUCCGUUAAAGGAUGCAACUACACGGGAAUGAAAAAAAAAUUCUUCACUUAUGAUUAUGAAGAAGGUAAAGACAUGAAACACCCGUGUGUGUUUCAACUAAACGCUGGAGAAAUAGGAGGUAUCAUGUUUCCUAAGGAAACCAAAUCGACUAGCUGUUUCGAUAAAAUGAUUCCGCACUCACCAAAUGAAAAAUGGGACAAGAAAAAAAAAAGUCUCAAUGAGGUCAUAAACGGGGCAGUUAUUUACAAUAAAGACUUCAAAGCGAAAUAUUUCAACGUCAAAUACUUCAGCAUUCCGAAGAGUUUCCGAGAAGCAAUCCAUCUAUUCUGUCACAUCGAGUUAAAGGAGGGUGAUAAAAAACACAUGGUUUAUAUCAGCAUCAACCAGGAACUCAACCUCUCCGUGUUCGACCUGUAUGAGUCAUUCUCUAAUGUGAAAAAGGUAAUACAAGUUGCAAAGCAGACAGAAGAAAAGAAAGAAUACACAUGUGAUUUUACAGACCAGCUAGACAAGAAAGAAGAUCCGAAUGAAAAAAAAAUUAUCAUCUGUAGGAAGAGAUUAACCGAAUUUGAUACCUUCCAUAUGAAGUGUGGGAUCAAUAAGGAGAAGUAUAAGAACCUAGAAAUGAUCCCAAAAAUGCUCAAGGAAGAAAAGAAAAAAAAAAACGUCCUAAAGGUGCAACUAGAUGCACAGUACGAGUUAUUUAAAAAAUAUUUUCUCUUUCACGAUAAGUAUGCCAAGUAUCUCCCUCAUUAUCCCUCCUUGCUAUCAUUUCCUCUAAACCGAGUGGCCAAACUAGAAUUGAAAAAGAACCCCAUCUUCAAGAAUCAUAAAGAUUAUUCCUACUUUGAUGAAGUGACAUCUACAUCUGACGGGUUCGUAAAACUACUCUCCUACUUAGAUGCACAAGACCCCGUCGUUCUAAGUGAGCAAAUUGCUAACAUAACAAUAACUGAUGAACAAUCGACGGAAGAUAUUUUCGACUUGAAAUUUCAAAUACCUGCCUACAUUGACACGAACGAAUCAUUGUAUUUACUCAUGGGAUGUAACAACACAAAGGAUGGAGGUAACCUAGGUAUCGUCGAGUUGGUCUUAUCAAAGAACGAACACAUUGUUAAGGGAUGUAACUUUUCCGACGCAAAAAUGGAACACUUCACGAAUAACGUGGGUUCUACAGGGGCUAAGUGUAAUAUUACAGCUUACCCAAAUGACCUAGUUGGGUUUAACUGCUCCAAGAAGAACCUGUUAGCGUCCGGAGAAGAGGAUGGAUCCGAUGAAACCAACGUAGACAUAGAACCAGAAGGAUGCUUCACAAAAGUGUAUAGCAAUUUGCAAAAGACUGACAUCGUUAGUAUCCUACCAGGAGUUUUACUCUACUCAAAUGGGAAGAAAAAUUCCACGUCAUUUAUUAAAAUACCUCCAGUUUUACUUACAUCUGAUUUUAAGUUUUCCUGCAAAUGCAAAUUAGAAUCUGUGGAAAACGAAAUAGAGGUUCAUGUUCUUCGGGAGAGAGAUAGUAAAGAGCUAAAUAUCGUACAGUUGAAGCAGGAAGCAACUACUACCGUGAAGGAGAAGAAGAAGAAGAAGGACGAAGGGGAGGAUGAAAAAAUCUACAUGUGUCCAAAUAAGACCCUCAUUGAACCCAAACUGGAAAAGCUAGAUGAUCGUUAUGUGCAAAAUAUAUGCCAAGUAGAUGUGAAAGAGAUGAACAGCUACGUUGAACUCUUCUGCCCCCCUAAAGAUUUCACCAUCCACCAAAAUAUCAACAUGUACUACACCACGGUGAAGCCAACCAAAGAAGAAAAUAAAAAGAUGCUUGACCAGGCGGCACUAGACAAACUCAUUCCCCACGCAGAGAUGCUCCACAAAACGAGAAACAUCCAUCCUCUGCAAAGUAGUACAAAUGGUAAAGAAAUGGCAAAGGUGGAUCUCUCUCAUAUCUAUUUAUUCUUCCCCUACUAUGUGAAGGAUGAUGUAGAAUUCAACAUAAUGUGUGAUAAUAGCAACACGUUCUUUGAGGAGAAGAAGGGAGGCUUGCUGACUUACCAGAUUAAGAUUCCCAAGAGGAGUGAAAAAAUCAAAGGCUGUGAUUUCACUUCCAACAAAUCGGAUAUCUUCCUAAAUGAUGCUACAGAAAAUAACUGCUUGAUAGAUGCCAUGCCGAAAGAUAUAAUCGGGUUCGUCUGUCCCCCAGACACAGUCAAAAUAACUAGCUGCUUCAAAGAUGCAGUGGUUGAUAAUAGCCUUGCCAAUAUAUCGGAAACGCUUGAGCUCACGGAUAACAUAGCAAACCAUACACAUAGCCACAAAUUUAGUUAUAUCGAAAUACCAAGCGUUGUUAGUAAAGACCUGUCGUUCAAAUGCAUAUGUGUGAAUCUGAAGAAGGACUACCUGUUGAAGUCUCCACCAAGUGCUCAGCUUCUAGAUGUCAUUUAUCAGAAACUUAACAUAAAGAAAGGAGAGAGUUACAACAAAGGAGAUCCAAAAAAUAAAUUUCUCAUGAGUAAUCUACAGCUAUACCUGUCUCACAAGAAAAACAAAGCGAUUAGUAUUUUCCAGAAGGUAGAUGCACUGAACCCAUCUGAGGAAGAUGCGAACCCAGAACAGAUAAUCCAACAAGUAGCCGAUGCAGAAACGUAUGAUGAAAUGAUGGGUUCUUCCCUUUCACAAAUACGAGACAAUCACAUCGCUGGAGAGGACUACUCUGUGUAUGCUACUCUAAGUGAUGAUUCCUUAGAACAAAUCAUAAUAAAAGAAAUAUCAUCGCUGAACGAAUCUGAUUUUAAGCUCUACACAUUGAAGGUCAAUUUGAAAGCACCCAAGUUGCUAAAACCGAAGAAGGUUAAAGAAAAUGAGUAUUUGUGUGACUUUUCAAAAAAGAGCUUAAUCGUACCUGAACCUUUAACAGAGGAGUCCCCACCAGAUAUCCACUGCUAUAGUGCACUAAAACCACUCGACACGUUAUAUGUUAAAUGUCCAACGGAGAAAGCAGCUUACGAAAUUGCAAAGGGAAAAAUAGGAGAAGAUGAUGAAGAGGAGGAGAAGGGAAUCAUUACUCUCCUGGAUGUUGAUUCUGCAGAUGUAGAUGUAGAAGAUUCUACUUCUACUCCUUUGGAUGAUCCCUCUUUUGUUAAAUUUUUUGAUAAAAUUAGUAUGAAACCAAGUGAUUUUUUUCAGAAAAUUUUGAACGAAGAAGGAGAUAAGGAAGAAGAUAUAGAUAGAGUCUUACCAGGUGCAAUGUAUACAUCUAUGAAGGUGUUGAAGAAAAAGGAUCCGUUUACUUCCUACGCUGCUGUGAUUAUACCACCUAGUGUAUCUCGAAACACAUUUUUUAAAGUACAAUGCAAUAAUAAUGAAUACAAAGAGGGAACAAAAAAUGGAGGAUACAAGGGAAUCAUCCAUUUGGAUAUCUCUAGGAGUGAAAAAAAAACGAUAGGAUGUGAUUUCACCUCUGAAAGUAGCAGUAUCUUAACUAAAGGAAUUUCCCUUCCUAGUGGACAGACAAAAGAAUGCGAAGUAGAGAUCACGAAGAAUGACGUCUUCGGGGUUAGAUGCAGUAAUGAUUCUACUUUUGAUCCGGUGAAGUGCUUUCACGAGAUUUAUGAUAAAAAUGGGGAGAAGAAACAAAUCGUAGAACUCAUCCCAGAUGUUAAGAUAUUCAAUCUACCCAACUCGAAGACCAAGGUUUCUUAUGGAAAGGUCCCAUUAGAUUAUGUAAAUAAGAUAAAUUUUUCCUGUUCUUGUACCAAACCGGAUGGAAGCACAAAAGGAACCAUCAAAGUGGUGGUGAACAAAGAAGAAUCAUCACUAGAAGAUAUGAAACUCACAGAUGCUGUGAAACACAAUAAGGUGAACUUUUGUAACUUUUUCGAUGAUGAAGCGCUUACUUUUAAGGAAAACGCAGAUAAAAUUGUUCAAUGUAAGGUAGAUGCAGAACUGUUUUCCGAGGUAGUAGUAAUUCUACCUAAGAUGGGUAGUACCAGUGACGAAUCGGACUACAAAAACUUGUCAGUUAGUCCAUCGCUAGCUGAAGGAGAAGACAUCAAAGUUAUCACAGAUGAGAAAACGCAAGUACCCCUAAGCACUGCUCUAAAGGGAGUAUAUGGAAAUAGAGUCUUUUCCUUCGAGAAAAAUUCUAAAAAGGGAAUCGGGUUCAGCUUCUUUAUCCCUCCCACGUUUGAGAAUAAGAACUUCAAAUUAGUGAUUAACCAAACGGGGGUCCUCCUCACCACCACCAAGCAGAGAGGGAUCAUUUUCAUCAUAGUUAGGAAAAACAUGGAACCUGGUUCUGUAAAGAUGUGUGAUUUUACAUCUAGUGAAUAUUCCCUAGCCGAGUUAGACCAAUCCAAUAACGAAAAGGUGUGCAAUGUGAAGAUAGCCAAGGGAGACGUGUUCGGCAUUACCUGUCCCAAGGGGUUCUACCUCUACCCGGAGGCCUGCUUCUCCAACGUUACUCUGGAUUACUACAAGGGAGAGCUUCACCUAGAAGAAGAGGCAGAAGCAGACGGUGAGCAAAUAAACUUCGCCGAGAGAACCAAAACGAAUAUGCGAAUAAAAGAUUUGCUACAUCUACUCGGGGACGAGGACACCGAAAUGGCUGACUUGCAAAACUUUUCAGAAUUUUCCAACAUCACCGAAAUGCUCAAUUUUGAGACAUUCCAUGUGGGUUCUAUGCAUCUAGACUUUAAAAAAAAUUACACAUCUGCCUAUGCUAGGGUUCCAAACAGUUUUAAAAGUGCUAUUAAAUUUUCAUGCAGCUGCUACAAUCCUCACAAAAAGGUAUUCGGGUCGAUGGAAAUCGAAACGGAGUAUGCUGAUUCAGAAGAGGAGCCACAAAUUCAGGAAGAUCUGUAUGUCAGAAAUAAGCUUCUCCCAUUGAGAAGUAAAAUUAGUAUAGAUGCAGAUGAAGUAGAACCCAUUAUAGAAUUAGAUGCAAUGGAAGAUUCAGAAGCAACAGAUUUAGAUGGAUGCAAAGAAGAAGAUGGAACAUGUGGUAAUAUGCUCUCUCAUGGAAUCACCUACACGUGUGACUUCUCUAAAGAAUCGUUAUUCACUCUCAUCGAGGGAAAACUACAAAGGAACACAUGUACAGUAGAUGCCAGAGCGUUAGAUGUAGUAACUAUAAAAUGCCCAGCCAUAGCCAACCAUGUGCACAAGGAACAAACAAUCACAGAAACUAAAGAGACGGAAAAGGUGAUCAUCACAAUAGAUGAGGAACAGUAUGUGACAUACCAACAGGAGAAGACAAAUAAUAAAACGUUUUCUUUAAAAGAAAUUUAUGAUAUGGAGUACUACGGUAUGACUAGCGAAGAAGUGAAAAAUAUGAGAAUGGUAGAUGCAGAAUGGGAUAAAAAUGAGGUGUAUUAUCCAAAAAGGGUUAUAGACAACGUAGUUGUAGCAAAUAAGGUAAUCAAAUUGGAAGAUGCACUACCAGGAGUUCUACAUCUACAAAGUCAGGUAAACAACGAAUUGAAGACAACCGAUUUGAUAUCCGACGGAGUAGUCCGAUUCAUCGUACCACCCUAUGUGAAAAACGAUUUCCAAUUUCAUCUCUUCUGUGGUAAAUCAUCGGAAAAAAAACCACAAGGAAAAAAUACAUCCCUUGGAGUGAUACGUAUAAAUAUCUCUGCCAAUAGGAAAGAAGUACAAGGAUGUGAUUUUAUAAACGAAAAGGAUGACACAGAUUUAGUCAUAUUUACUAAUAAACGAGAAAAAUCUAGCGAUUCUACGUGUUUAAUUUCCUUCAUCCCUAACACUGUUGUGGGAAUCAACUGUCCAACAGGAAAACUCCUCCCAGAGAAUUGCUUCCAUGAGACUUACUUUGUCGCAGAGUCAGAAGCAGGAACAGUCGCUAACCAGAUGAGUAACUUACCAAAAGAAAAAAUCACUGAUAUCAUUAAGGGAGCCAUACCUGUGUCCAAUUUUUCCAAUAAAAAAAACACGUAUACAUAUCUCAUCCUCCCAAAGGAUAUGAAAAGCGUGGCGACGUUGAACAAGAGGUUCUACUGUACCUGUGAUGAGAAUGUAGUAAAAAUGAAAAUAGAUGAUAUUUAUUUGAAGAGAGAAAAAGACAGUCGGGUAGAUAAUGAAACGUGUUCUUACGAUAGUGUAAAAAAAGUGACAACUUGUAAUGUGGUAGAAUUUAUGGAGAAUCUCCAACAGAAGGAUAAUAAAACGAAUCAAUACAAAGUUGAAUUAGCUAGAUGGGAUAAACUCAUUUUAAAAUAUCCAACAAAUGAAAAGGAAAAUUACGAGAAGAUAUUCGUCAACCCAAUUAACAUAAAAGAUAAGGUACUCUUUAAGAGAGUCCCUACACCCAUUGAAGAAGUCCUACCUGGAGCUAUCACCACAACUAAAUAUGAUUCAAGAACGAAGAUUAUUGAACAUACGUUGAGAGUACCUCCUUACGUUUCCAAGGAGAUCCAUUUCUCCAUGGUAUUUAAUAACUCUCUAAGUUCCAAAUUGGUUAACUAUAAUUACGCUUACGGAGGUAUUGUGAAAAUUUUUAUUCAUGUUCGAGAAGGGUAUAGUGAAAUUAGUGGUUGUGAUUUUACUGGAGAGUAUAACCACCUGUUUAGUCAUAACUUGGAUCCUAAUUUGAAGGAAAGUAAAACGUGUUCUGUCACCUUUGGGAAUAAUAGCUAUGCUGGAUUUGCUUGUCCCAAGAAAUUUGAAGUCGUUCCGUACAACUGCUUUGCAUCUGUAUAUGAUAAUAAUGACGACAUGAAAGAGAAGAAGCUUGUCGACUUGUCGGAGGAAGCUGAAUCCGAUUUUGUUCAGUACAACCCUCGUGGGGUCAGCUUAUCAUACGUGACCUUUAAGGGGGACACCAAGGGACACAGCAUCUCCUGCAAGUGUGUCUCCAGUAAAGUCACCCACACCAUCAACGUUACCUUCAAGCCUGACUCGGACCACUCCCUCCCCAAGACGCGCAUCCGCAUAAGGUACUUCGACUUGAGCAAGGCCACCUUCAGUUCGCACCUGCGCGGAGGCUGA